GAUUUUAAUUGUCACUGAGGCUUCUGUGAGUCAGAAUAUACUCAAUCAGAUUUUAUGGAUCUCUGGCAGAUACUGUAGCAGAUCGUUUUACAGUCAGGAUUCCUCCAAGGCUUCCUGAAGAUCAUAUUCCUUGUUGGGUUACACCCAGGCCUUUGACCUUAGCAGCAUUUGUGAGGUCUUUUACAAGGAAAAAGAUACUACACUGCUCUAGAUACAAGACCUGCUCGAAACAAGCGGAGGGCACAGACAGAAAGAAGGGAGGAAUAAAACGAAAGAGGCAAAAAUGACUUGGAACUGUGUGGGAAGACAUGGGAGGAGCUUGCAAAGUAUAAACUUGGAUGUUUCCUAGCAGUGGAGAGCCUCGGCACGGUAAACGAUGCCAAAAGUAGGCUAAAUGAAGAGGACGAAUGCACCGUCGCAUUAACAGAACAUUUGGCGGAUAUUUUUUAAAGUUCAGUCUUCUGGAACAUCUGCGAGACGCCAGCAGCUCAGGAACUGACGCUGGGAUCAACUCUUCGGGUGCACUGGAGCUGGACUCGGUGUGGCAUGCGUGUCUCAAAUAUUCCUGCAUAGUCCAAAUACACUCUCCUGAACUAAAAGAAAGAAAGCGAAUUUAUUUCGUAAGAUGAUCUGCUUAUUGUUUUUGUUCCACUGUGCUGCCGGCGUGUUGUCGUCUUCAACCCAGGUGGCUACAAUCUACCCUCAAGACACGGCCCUUCCCAUCGGCUCCAGCCUGACAGCCACAUGCUCAGUGAAUCCAGACCACGGUGUUCACGCAGGCUCGCUCUACUGGACACUGAACGGAAAGCGUCUUCCCAGCAGCACCUACAGCAUUCUGAGCCCCACCGUGCUCAGCGUCACCCUCCCGCGGCUCUCCGGGUCCCGCCAGCGCUCCGGAGACAACCUCGUGUGCCAUAACAGCGGGGGUCAUGUGCUGGCCGGCUCCUGCAUCUAUGUUGGCAGUGAGUCCGUCUACCAUAUUGUUCGUAUUUACUCUAGGCUCCUGUGGUACGGACGAGAAAAGGAGUGUGAGGACUAUAGUGCGGGAGAACCAUAUACAUGCUACAUCCCCCGUGACCUCGCCCUCUUCACGCCCUACGAGAUAUGGGUGGAGGCCUCCAACCAACUCGGAACCGCAACAUCUGACGUCAUCUACUUGGAUAUCUUAGACGUGGGUGAGUGUGACCCACCGACUGAUGUGACCGUGAGCCGAGUGGGCGACCUGGAGGACCAGCUGACUGUGCGCUGGGGGACACCGCCUGCAUUAAAAGACUUCCUCUUUCAGGCCAAAUACCAGAUCAGAUACAGACUGGAGGAAAGCAGCGACUGGAAGGUGGUGGAUGAUGUUGGGAACCAGACUUCCUGCAGGCUCGCAGGGUUGCAGCCAGGCACGGUGUAUUUUGUGCAGGUGCGCUGUAAUCCGGUCGGGAUUCUGGGAUCUAGGAAAGCAGGCAUUUGGAGUGACUGGAGUCACCCAACUGCAGCCUCAACACCACACAGUGAGCGGCUGCUGACAGGGUCAUGUGACUCGAAGGUGGGGCAGCGGAACUCCACGUUGCGUCGGGAUUUGAAGCAGUUCUUUGGCUGGGUGCGCAAACACGCCUAUGGUUGCAGCGGUAUGAGUAUCAAACUCUAUGAUCAGUGGCGGGUCUGGCUGCAGAAAUCUCACAAAACCCGCAACCAGGUUCUUCAAGGAGAUAAAUCAUAGCACGUCGCUCCUGGCAGGCAGAACAUUUAACAACAACAGCACACUGUGGAAGAAUUCACAUUUUCCAGACUGCUGCUUGGCUCAGUGCAAGAAACCUAAAGUACAGCUGGACUCAAAACGGGAUGUUCAAACAACAAAAGGUGACAGGCAUUUGGUCCCUCGGACACAGAUUAAAUUGUGCAGUUCUCUAAAAUGCCUUAUUGUACAGGAAAACAAACUGUCUGUGAUAAUAGCCACAGAGAUCACGUGGACUAUAUCCUCGCAACUCACUAUCCGUGGAGACAAGUUCUUGAUCGUGUUGGGGAGCAAUUAAUUAAAGGUCAUAAUUUGCACAUUUACUGAUGACUAUGCACGAGCCAUGCUUAGCCAACGUGACACAUGGUCUUUAUGUGGACCCGUGACGUUUUCAGAUCUUGCUAACUUUAGCCGACCUGUAAAGAGGUUCCUCAUGGACAAAUGGAAAACGUCUGAACGUUUUUCUUCAACCAGCGUUUUGUGUAACUUCAAGACAACUGGAAUAAUAUUAAAACCAUCCAGUUUUACCAAAGGUACCUUUCAUGAAUGUUUGAGUGACUACAGCAGUUUACCUAAAAAUCUGACAGGUAUACCUCAAAGAACAUCUUGCCACUUUUUAGUCUCCUGUUUCUUUAAGUAACCAGUACAUGCCGUAUCAAAAGUUGCAAUGCAAUGCUGAACAUAUCAAUACAUAGAAAUAAGCCUCUCACUUAAAUAAGUCCCGCUGCAGUCUUAAACGAGGACCUACAGACAUCACUAUAUUCAGGAUCAACACUACGACAAAGUUAACAUGUUGGAACCCCAGAGUGGACUCAGAAAAUGGCCUUUUAAUGAACGGAGAGGAAGAUUUGGCCAACUAAUGUUGUUUCUAUACGUGUUGCAGUUACAAAACUGUAACUGUCUUUGUAGCAUUGAACUGUUUGAAAAUAAUUUUAUGUAUUGAGACAUUUUACUGCUUUUAUUUUUGUACUGAAUUGUAUCCGCAUAUUUAAAUUUAAAGUUAUGUUUUGACUCUUAAGUUAUGUGUAGGUAGAUUAUAUUAUUAUUGACUGAAUUGUUAAACCC